GGCGGCAUCUUCAGUUGGACAUUGGCCUCCGUAAGACGAAGAGUCAGGGAAAAAGAGCUGUAGGGUGCAGGAGACAGGAGAGCACGAGCACGGCUGCCUCCUCGGAUUUCUUUUCAACAACCCACAGAACAGAGUGGAAAGAUGCGAUUAUCGACGAUUUUUGAGCUGUUGCUGAUCCUCUUGUUGGUGGCCUUUGCCGCUUAUGGCCGAGUAAUUGAUCACAAUGAGGCGACGCAUCGGGUGGCUCGUGCCGCGAAUAAUGUGAAACAGAGUGACAUAGAUUUAUCAAUGAUGUCGCUAAAACAAGCGACCGAUAGUGUAAAUCGAUACUGCACCUGCAACGAGAACAUUUGCAAUUGCUGUCGGGACUUUCACAUACCGCUUGUCCAGCUGAAAGGACCGGGAUGCGCUUCAUUGCAGUAUCUUCAGGGUGACAAUUUAGCAGUCCAACUGAGCUUUGGCGACAACAUAUUAACUAGCACAAUUGUUAAUGGAAAGAGUCCGAAGCCUGUGUGCGUACCACUACCUGGUGGCUUCACCAAAUUUUGUGGCAGAAUUUAUUCCAUCCAACGCGACGCGAAGAAUCACUUUAAAGCGUGCCUCGGUUUGGAACUGCAAUCCCCUACCGAGUUAGAAGCUACUCUUCGUGUCAGUUGUUUCAGAUUCGGUCCAGACGGUCUGAAGCUUCGACCAGCCGAACCACUUCCAACUGUCGAGACAGAUGCUGCUUCAGAAGAAGAAGACGAUGAUGAUUUUUUUGGGCUAGGUUCAGAUGAUGACGAAGAUGAUGAAGAUGAUGAAAGACCUAUCACGAACACCGUUCCCGAUGGCUCGGAAGUUGAUGCACAAGAAUCAGAUGAUGAUGAUGACGAUGACGAUCCGUUAGGUUUCAGUGCUCUAUUGGAUAUCUUUACUGGCGAUGACGAUGUGCCGACAAGACCUAAAGUUACUACCGCGGCACCGUUAUUGGAAUUCACUAUACCAAUUUUACCGCGGCCAACGACUCCCGCAUCAUUGGAGGAUCAUGAGCUGCCCAUCAACAACGAGCAGGAAACUAACUACGAGGACCACGACAGCACUCAGGAACCAUUCAAAGCAGAAGAAGAAGAAGAAGAAGAAGACACAGGAUUGACCGAGAGUAAUACCGAAGACAGCACUGAUGAGAAUAAUGAACAAAUCACGGAAUCCUCCAACAAAAUCGUGUACAUCGCGAAACCUGAUAAAGUGCCGACUGUCAAUAAAGUGAAGAAGGGAGUCGUUGGAGACAAGAAGAAACCAACGGUGACAUCGACCAGCGUAAACGCUAUUCAUGAUCCUGGGAAACCAGCGAAGAAACCUAUUAAGGAUGAGGAUGAUGACGAUGACGAUGACGAUAUUUUAGAUGAUGAUGAUGAUGAUGAUGAAGACCUCGAUGACGAGGAUGAUAGUCUUGAAGACGAUGAUAAGGAUGAUGAAGACGAAGACGAAGAUGAAGAGAACGACGACAAACUGGAUGAUGAUGAAAAGCAUGAAGAGCACGACGACGAUGACGAGGACGAAAAGACUGAGGAUCUUGCCGAUUUAGAUGACGAUGACGAUGAUGACGAGGAGGAAGAUGCCAUGUUGAGUGCUCUUAUAGAUACUGGCGGUAAAAAGAAGAAGAGCAAAGAAAAUACAAAGUCUAAUGAAACUAAUGUCGAGCAUGAUGAUGAGGAUUACGGCUUUGGAUUGGGAUUUCUUGCCAGGAAGAGGCAUUUCAGCGGAGAUCGUCAAAGCAAAGUUAUGAGGCUUUGAAGUGUACAGAUCGUUGUUCCAGUCAGUAGGAUAAUUGGAAAUUAAAGAAAGCUCGUCCUUCUUAUCUGGCUAUGAGUUCGUCGAUCUAACAAAACUCAAGAUGUUUUGUUUGGAUUAGCGAAGAUUCGGUAGAUUUUGGUAUAAUUGUGACAGUGAUGAUAAGAUUAGAAGAGUCAACGUUUCUUGACAUGCAAUUUCGCUAAAAACGGAUGCGUGUUUCUACGACAUCCUAAUUAUUUCAUUAUCUUCUAAUUACAAUAAUUGUAAAAAAAGUUCAUUAACAAUUACAGCUGUUAUUUUACAAUAACUGGAUUGUUGGAAAAUCAGCAGUUUACUUCGCUAUCACAAUUACCUUAUUUCUUAAUGUAGUUAAUUUUUUAUUUAUUGAAUAAUAUGGAGACUGAGAUACGAGAUCUUACAGCGAAGAUGGAAGAGCUUUCUUAAGAGAAGGCUCAAAUAGAAUUGCGUAAAUAGAAAAUAUUUAUUUAUCGGAAACAAAAUCCUAGGAGGAUUUUAUUUUAUUUUAAUGCAGAGAAUUUUCUGUUUGUAAGGAAGACUUAUACAUAUAUAUAAUAUAUCUCGAAUUAUUCGUGACCU